CAGCGAAAUAGACUCCGCCUAAGGCUUUUGAUUGGAUGAAAGUCCUCUUAACCUGAGGACAGAAUGAGUGGUGUGCUCUUCAAAUUACAUCUGCUACCUGUUGCUGUGAAAAGAUUGUACUCAAUAAUAAUGACGGACCCAACGUACAUGUGCCCGACGAUGAAGAUGCACAUGUACAUGUAUCACCUCAGAUUCACACAUUUGCAGUCACGUGAUUGCAUCAGAGAUAAUACCAAUUACUUCCCUUUGCAGUCACUCAUUAAAUAUUUUUCCUGCAGUAAAUCAAACCAAACAAAUCUGGAAACUGUCAAUAAUCUAGACAUAUGCUUACCUGACCAUACAGAACUUAAAAGCAGAGAACUUCGAUUUGACUUUGCGAAUCUUGCCCUGUCUGCCACACGUGGUCACAUCGGGGACCCAAUGAAAGACGCCGUUGUAGUUAGCCACGUGAUUUGUCAUAAAAAUAAUACUGAAAACAGUCAGCGUAACUCUGUGAUACAGAUGUCUGACAAACCAGAAGAACUAAUAAACUACAAAACGAAACCAUGUCGGAAGAGGAUAUGUUCAGUAAAAACAAGUAGAGAAAAAAGAGAGUUUGUAUGUGAGUACUGUGGACGGAAUUUCACCAAGUCGUACAAUCUACUGAUACACAUUCGUACCCACACAGAUGAACGUCCCUUUUCAUGUACAGUAUGUAAUAAACGGUUCCGUCGCCAGGACCAUCUUCGUGAUCACAGAUACAUCCACGCCAAAGAGAAACCUUUCAAGUGUUUAGAAUGUGGUAAAGGAUUUUGUCAGUCACGGACUCUUAACGUUCACAAGGCAGUCCACAUAAAGAAGAAAGAGAACAAAGAACAAUGACUGACAACUGAUAUAUAAUAUGGACAACGACCAGAUACGGCAAUAUUUCUAUUCCAUGUGGAACACGAUGAAAGUGUUAGGACAGGUCAACAAAUAUUUGAAUUCAGCAACGGAA